UAUGGUUAUGGUUCAUCUAACUCCCUGAGGUGCGUACGAUCAGUGUUGUCAUAACCAUUCAUACACAAUUAAUGAAUAAGAACUAAGAAAACAAAUCAAAAGUUAUAAGAAUCAAGCUAGUGAUUUCUUCCUACUGAAAAGUGCAGGAAUCUGCUGUUGAGCAAAUCCUUACAGCAGCAAGUGCCAACAGCCCAUAGUUAAAUGGGCCCCUCAGAUAUUGGCCCAGGCCCAUCAGACGAUUCUCUCCCGCUGUCUCUCGAGUCGGUUUUAGUCAACAUGACCGGAAAAAUCCCAAAAAAAACGAAGAGAAAAGAUGCAGAAAUCGUUCUCGUUGAUCCAAACGGUGGCAAUCUCCGGCGUGUUCUCCGCCGUCUCUUGCUGGUACGGAUUCGUGUUCGGUAGAGAAUCGGCGAGAAAAGAGCUCGGCGGUUUGAUCGAAGAACUCCGUAGCGGCGGCGGAGGUUCUGACUCUGCUUCUCCUCAUUCUUGAUUUUUGAUUUCCAGAAUGUUCCCUUUUUGCACUCUUGGUUGAGUAAUUUUUGUAUGAACUAUUUGUGAUCUCCGAUUUCAAAUUCAAAUAUGAAAGAUCACUAGACAUUUACAAUCAAUGCUUGCGCUUAUUGGUUGUUGAUGAUGAUGAUGAUGAUAAGAGUAACCCCCACCUUGAUUAAGACGUAUCACUAUACUGGUUUAGUAGUCUCUCCUCUCUAUGUUUAUUUAUGUAUCAGA